AUGCGGGAAUCGUCUCCCCAUGUCAGAUUCCUGGUCUACGGCUACGAUCUGUGCCUGAAUGUAGGCAUUACCAUAUGUUAUCCACUGCACCUCAUCAUAGGCGUCUUUUUGACCAGCUCCAAAGACGAUAUAUUUAAAAAUCUAAUUAUCAACGUGACUUGUCUGAUAUGCACCUUGCAGCACUGGUGUCUUCGCUAUAAGCUGCGUAACCAGUAUGCAAUCGAAGCGUUAUUAAGCACGUUGGACCAGCGAGUAAUUGACGCAUCAGCUGGUCAGGCCGCUGCACAACGCGUAGCUGGGCAGGCUCGUAUCAUUGUGCGCCUGUUCCUGUUUGCUGCCACAGCAGCCAACCUUUCGGCCAUUCUUGGAGUGUUACUGAACAGUGAGCGACGGCUGAUGUACCCUGGUUGGAUUCCAUUUGACUGGCAAUCCAGCAAUUCGCUUUACUGGCUAGCAUUGUGCUACCAGUUCAUAGGAGUGACCAUACAAAUUACACAGAAUCUCAUUAAUGACAUCUACCCAGCUCUAGUGCUGUGUCUACUAGCCGGACAUGUACGUUUGCUGGGGCUGCGGAUAGCGAAAAUUGGAAACGAAGAGAUAAAAGAUGAAAUCUCUUCACAUUUUGUGUGCGCGGAAAAGGCGAACGCGGAACUGAUCCUGUACAUAGAGGAUCAUAAGAAAAUUAUCAAGUUGAGUUCAAGUGUUCUACUUACUGCAGGACACGAUUUCGUACGUCUUGAUGUCGAACUAACGCUACGAGAAUUCACGAUGUACGCGGCAAGGCUAGUGGGUAUACACUUAGAUUCGUUCUUUGCCACCGUUAAAAUGGCUUACUCAUUAUUUGCUGUUGUGCUUAGAAUUAAGUAA